UCAGAAAACUGUUUACUUCAAGUCUGAGAAUAGUAAACAUCAAAGGACUGAGAUUAUAGUAGUUAAGGAACAAUAUUUUUCUGCCUGUCAACCAAAACAAAAUAAAACGAUUGCUGCUUUUUUAAAAGUACCAAAACUACCACCAACUGAUACAACAACCAGCAAGUUGAUCAAAAUUGAAUAUUUUGUUCGAAUUGCAUGUUGCAUGGGUUACAAUCAAAAUAGUAUUCGAUUUUAUAUGCCGGUUGUAAUUGGAACUAAAUCAUUUUACAGUGACAUGCAAAAUGUGAGCAUGUCUCUGAGAAGCCAAACAGAUUUGCCACCGACUCCGAUACGUCAAACGGAAUCAUCACAUGGUUGCAGAGAACAAUCAGCUCCUGAUGAUGAUACAGUGUCAAUUCGAACUUACGCAAGUACUCCACCACCAUUUCCGGAUGAUGAAUUUGAUCUGCCCACUUACGAUGAAGCGAUGCUACAGGAAAUCAACAUCAAUCAACAAACAUCAUUUCCACAACUAUUUACUCCAAAUCAACGGCCGAAUAAUGAAUGAAAAUGUCAAACAUUUUAUCAAAGCUUGCCAAAUGUGUUCUAUGUUUUCUUUCUAUAGACGAUUUUAUUAUAUAAAAGGACAUUUUUGUCACACCAUAUGCAUUAAGCACACAAAUUCAAACGGUUUCCUUAUUCAAAUUCUUUGCU